AUGAGUGGAGGAAGAAAGUUCGAUAGCAAAAAGUAUAAGGAUCUCCGGGAUUUUAAGAGCAAGGAAAUAAAGCGUUCCUUGGUUCAUAGGGCCCGGUUGAGAAAGAACUACUUUAAACUAAUAGAAAAAGAAGGAGGUAGACCCUCUACGGAUCCAGUCGAUGAGCUCAAAAAAGAACCUACUAAAGGUGAAAACACUCACAGAGAAACCAAAGGCCCCCGUCAUGAAAGAAACGACGUUAAGAAGAGCAACUUGACGUAUUAUGAAAAAUCCCAAUUGAUCAAACAAAGGAAAGAAGAGAAGAGACAAGCGAUUCUCCAGGACGUGAGAGAAAGAAGAGAUAAAAUAGAGAAGUCAAAUCAACAAAGAGACAGGAUGAAGGAAAAAUUGUCCCAGAAAACGAAGCACGGACAACCUCUUAUGGGCCCCAGAAUAAAUAACUUGUUGGAUAAGAUUAAGAAAGAUAUGAGCUAA